AUGAGCGUCAACAGUGUGCAUAGCAACGAAGUACGCACACGUAGCAACCUAGCAACCGCUUAUAGUCCCACUGCGGUAGAAGAUGUAGGUAUGGGUGAGACGCCAAAUAAGGAAGGUUGUAGAUUGCCGUAUAUGGAAGGUGGCAGCAUAUCUGAGCAGGCGGAUGUGCACGUAAGUCCUCGGCAUAGCAAUACCUCAAUUGUCAGGUCGUGCGACGAGACGAUAGAAGAGGUUGAUGACGAAGAAGCACUGAGUGGAAAGGAACACACCAACACUACAGAUGAGUUAGCCUUGAGUGGAAAGGAACACACCAGCACUACAGAUACGUGGGUGAGGAGAGGCUCUCUGCCGACGCAUAUAGCAACCACUGGGGAUGAUAUAAAUACAUGCACAGAUAUAGCAACGACUGAGAAUUCCUAUGCGAGUACUCAGAGUCCGGAAACCAAGACCGACAGUCACACGGCCAAGGUUGCGGUCAACAAGUCGAUGCCCGAUCUACUUGACAGGCUGGAGAGUCAGCCCAAUAAGAAAGCCAUUAAGAAGCGCACCCCAUCCAUGAGGAAUAUACUGCGCAGUUUCCCAACCUUUGGAAUGGGCCCGAGGAAGCGGUCGCACACCGGAAGCACGCGCAAGGCAUCGGACCUCAGUCUCAAGCCAUUCGGCCACAAACACUCAGCAUGUGAUCGAGUGACAUCGUUCACCGGAGAUAUCGCAGAGCACGAUUCGACCACCAGAAACCCAUUGUCUCGCAUGUGCACUCACAGCUCCACACACACUAAGCACCGUCAACCGGCAAAGGACGUCGACGCUGAGAUGGAUAUAGCCAUCACAGAAUCAACAAACGCCAACACCUGUAUUGCCUAUGGGAUGGCAUGAAGCAGAAGUGCACUUCGGUACUUCUUGGCUAUGAGGGCCGGAGAAGAUAUUUACUUUGCAAACUGGAAGUAUAUACGCAAAUCAUCAAUUGUAUAAAGAAGAUCAUAUCAAUAGUAAAUAAAUGGUGCACUG